GGAAAAUGUUCUCUAUUUAUUUUUAAAAUUUAGUUUCACGUGCUUAAAAAAUAUAUUAAUUUAGAGAUAAUUAUUGUUGGACACUAAGAUUAGCUCGGACCAUCAGCUCUAAAUAAAAGUAAAGGUGCAAAGUUAAAUUUUUGAAAUGUCAAUCUCUAAUGAUGAAUCCAACCAAAACUCCGAAACACCUGUUUUGUUAUUUACCAAAUUUGUUGAACUCCAUCAAAAUCAGCUUGUUAAUUCCGGUGUACCUGAAUUAUACUGGCAUACCCUUUACCACAAGUUGGUAGUAUUAGAAGAGGUAAGUUACAGUUUGAAGUGCUAUUUUAACUAUUUAAAUUUUAAAGGGAUAUGUCCGUUACUGGCCACUCGGACUGGGUUUUCGGUCACCAUUUGGUGGCAUAGGCAUGAUGAUAUAGUCAUAGAAAGAGAGAGUGGGCCCUGUUUUCUCAUUUAAGUGUCAGACCGACAUUUGAUGCUGGAGCCACAAAAAGAAUGUUGAAAAUAUAUUGAUGAUGCCCGCAAAGCGCAAACUGAAAAUAUAUUGAUGUCCGUAAAGCGCAAACUGAAAAUAUAGUUUCGCAAAAGCUUAUAUUUGCAUAGAUAGCUCAUGUCUGCAAUCGUUUUCAUGGAGAUGAUAUAAACUCAAACUCUGUUUUCUUUUCUUACAUUAAUAAUUAAUUUGUUACAAUUUUUCUAUUUGAAAAAUUAUUACAUUGUUUUAAUUUGUCCAUUUUAAAUUUUUGUGUCUUUUAUGUAGGCCUAUGCUCUGAAAUGAACAAAGGCUUAAAAAAUAUUUCCAUUUAUUAGGAUCAGUAAAAGAAUUUCAUUUUAUCAAUAGAUGAAUAAAUGUUUAAAUAUAGCACUUCAAAUUUAUCAACAUGUUUAUUUAAUAACUGACGCUCAAGUUGUAAUUUUACCCCAUCUUCUUUUAAGGAUACAUGUCUACAUAUAAAUAAGAAAUAUACUCCGUGUGACAUUUGAUUAUGAUGUGAAUUAGCCUUUCAGAUUUCAGUUUGCAACUAAGUCUAAGAAGAGUACUAAUCUAAAUCUAAAUAUCACUUACGAACUUAAGAAAUAAAAAUAUUUCAAAAUUAAAUUGCUUAACUUAAAUAGCUUAGCCUAGCCGGGUUUACCGAGUUAGGUUUAAGGGGAGGGCAGGUGCAAAGGUACAAACACGCUAGAUACAUCCAUGCUUGAAGUUGAUGAUGACCCAUCAAUGUGUUGUCACUCUUUUGCCCACCACUGGCACUGCAAUGAAAAGCCAUUUUUUUAACUCAAUAGUUUACUAAAGUACUUAAUAGCUGUAGUUGCCCUAAAGGAUACAAGACAUGAGUUAAAAACAGGAUAUGAAUGAUGACUUACAAAUAUCAUUGAAUAUUUCAACCAAACACUGUUUGUUUAAUCUGCUGAAGAAGUCAUACUCAAUUAUAUCAUAUUGCCCAAAAUUUUGUAAUUUUUUAUGUCCCCUUGAUUUUUGUUUUUUAAAUUUACUUUCUUAAGCUUUAUUGCUGUCUCUCAUACUUCUUUUUCCCUCUUACAUAGUUUGAUCAUCUCCUAAUCAUCAUCCUUCCCUAACUUCUUAUAACAUACCCUUUUCCAUAUCUAAACUUACCCCCUGCUACUGUCCAACAUCCCUUACUCUUCAUCUUACCACAUACACUGGCCCUACUUACGAGAAUUUUCAUUCUCUAAUUUUCUCUCUUAAUAUUUAGUAUUUUAACCCUGUAAGGCAGGGAGGGGUGAUCUCCCACACUCCCCCCCCUUCCCCAUUGGUCAGCAAGGGAUGUGUAUUGAUUUGUACAUUUACUGAGAUGAGAAUUAGCUACGAUCACUAAUUUACUCUUCCAUCUCCUUUAAUCCUGUAAGGCAGGGAGGGGUGAUCUCCCACACCCCCCCCCCCUUCCCCAUUGGUCAGCAAGGGAUGUGUAUUGAUUUGUACAUUUACUGAGAUGAGAGCUAGCUACUAUCAAUAAUUUACUCUUCCAUCUCCUUUAAAAAAUUUUGAUUUAAGUCAUAUGAUGCUGGGACGAAAUUUCAAAUGCAACAAGUUCUCCACACUAAUGAUAAUGGAGAUACAACUGGAUUCCACUGGAGUAUCUGUGCUACAUCACCCUUACAAUUAAAUGACCCACAGCAGUAAGCAAUUGGAAUGACCAAUACACAGGGUGGACCCAAAAAAGUGAGACUUAGGCAACCCAAUAAAAGUAUAAAUAAUUUGUUUCUCAUUUUUAAAAUGGGCAAAAUAAAAAAAUUUUGUCAGCAUAUGUACCUACUCUGACUUUGAUGUCAUUUUGCAAUUAUCUUCUGGUGACAAAUAACUGCAAAAUUAGAAAGCAUUUAGCAGAUACAACAGUAUCACUUUUUAGCCCACCUUGUAAUAUUAAAUAUUAAUUAAGCAAUUUGUUGGUUUUUUUCACUAAAUGGUGACUUAAAACUAAAUUAAGACUAUUAGUCAUUAUGGUUAAAUUUGCAUAUAGCCAUUAAGGUUAAAUUUGUAUAUAGUCAUGGUUAAAUUUGUAUAUAGUCAUAAUGGUUAAAUUUGCAUAAAUGACACAAAAGUAGCUAAAUUUUUAUUUUAAAUAUAUAAGAGUAAACGCAGUAAUAGCUCCUGUUGUAAUUUAAAUAUUUAUGCUUGUGGAGGUUUCAGAUUUAGAUACCGGUAUUUAUAAUUGAUUUGAUUACAUUCUUCUAAUGUUUGGAACAGAUUUCAGAUUUUAGAUACUGGUAUUUAUAAUUGAUUUGAUUACAUUGUUCUAAACUUUGGAACGACAAAACUGAAGUAUUGUUCCUGUUUUUUCUAUAACCAGAAUAUUUUCAAUUAUAUUUUCUUAAUUUGUAAAAUGAAAAUGAAGCAAGUUUACUUUCUACUAAUUUUUUUCUUUUCUUCCAGCAUUUAUCUCAUUGACCACGCCUGGACCUACAGCAGUACCGAUGCUUAUGCAGCUCUUAAAGAAGUUCCUGGACUUGUGCAGCGAAUGACUGGGUUGAUGGAUAUUCAAGAAAAUGGACAAAGUCAAGAGGAAUUAAUAGACAUUAUUUUAGACACCAUGUGGCAGUAAGUUUUGAGGAUAAUAGAGCUAUUAAGAGUUUAAAUACUUACAGAAAUUGUUCUUUUGUCAUUUUGAUAUGAACAUGUAAUGUUUUCAUUGUGAUAGGAACGUGUAAUGUUUUUAUUGUGAUAGGAAUGUGUAAUGUUUUCAUAAUGAUAGAAACUUUUGAUGUUUUACGUUUUUUUAAAAUAAUUUUUUUGUUCAAUUAAUUUUUUUAAAUUUCAUUGGCAGAGAAAAUCUGUAACUGAUAUUGCAUAAAAGCUUCUCGCUAUUACAUUAAUUUCUUCUUCAAAUAAAUCAACAGUUUAGGAAUAGGAUAAAACUAACCACAUACUUUGUUUCUUCUUAUCUCAACCAGAUAUAACCAGACCUAUAGAUUUGGAAACUUUGCCAUGGUAAGUGGUUUGUAAUAAAGGGAGGAGUCAUACUUAACAAGUAGGUAGACUACUACAUGUCAUGUCGUGUUAUUUUACCUGUUGUGGAUAAUGUCUACUAAAGAUGGCUUCUUGCUAAAAGGAUCAUUAACUUGUUAAGCUUCAUUAUUCUUAUAUUUUGCGUCUGGUCAUAUUCUUAAGCUAUUACAAAGUGGCCGGGAUGGUCUAAGCUGAGCCAAUCCCAAACUUGUAGAUUGGAGUUCCAUCCUCAGCAAAAGCGUAGUCAAACUAAAACAUAAGAGAUGGAAGACUCCGUGUUCAAACCCGGAAAUGGAGUCCCGUAAUUGGUAUGAUAUUAAAAUAAUUACGGCUAAUUCUGCGACAAGGAACUCUUAAAGAGCACAGUGAAACGCACUAAAAAACACUGCUGGUCAUCUACUGUAUCCUGGUCUAUUUCCAGUUGUCUUGCCAUUGGAAAAAAUAGGGAAGGGUGAGAAAGUGCGUCUGAGGAAUUGAGCAACUCUCCCACACUUUAAACAAAACAAAGUUCAUGUCCCGGCUACUACUCAAGUUGAAGCCUGGGUCAUCUUCGUGUGCGAAGGACGAACAAUAAUAGUAAUAACAAUAAUAAUAAGCUAUUACACAGUCUUUUAAUGACUUAAAUAUUCAGACCUGUUUCUCUGCAUAAGUUGUUCAUGAGUACAUCCAAGAUGGAGUUUUACUAUUACUAUUUUUAUUAAGGACCUCUGUUUGUCCAUGCAGUUCCAGGUGCUUUCUUUUGCCCAACUGAUGCCAGGUGACAUUUGAGCAGAUCUUUGUAGCACUUGCUGUCUCUUUUGCCCAACUGAUGCCAGGUGACAUUUGAGCAGAUCUUUGUAGCACUUGCUGUCUCUUUUGCCCAACUGAUGCCAGGUGACAUUUGAGCAGAUCUUUGUAGCACUUGCUGUCUCUUUUGCCCAACUGAUGCCAGGUGACAUUUGAGCAGAUCUUUGUAGCACUUGCUGUCUCUUUUGCCCAACUGAUGCCAGGUGACAUUUGAGCAGAUCUUUGUAGCACUUGCUGUCUCUUUUGCCCAACUGAUGCCAGGUGACAUUUGAGCAGAUCUUUGUAGCACUUGCUGUCAACUCAUAUAUUUUGAUUUUCUUUGCACAGCCAGCUAUAAAUACGACUGCUUUAGGGUUACGAUUAUCUCCCAUGAUAGUAAGAAAUUCUAUGCUCACUAUUUGUUAGUGAACAAAUAUCAUGUCUCUUGUUCCUUGGUUUGCUCUGAAAGCUCAUUGUUGAUUUUUGAGAGUUUCUUCUGCUUUAGACAAAGUCUAAGGGAACCUCAGUGAAAUAGUUUCCCCAUUGUAAUUCUCCGCUAGUUUGAGCAAUGAUUAUAAUUGAAAUACACAUAGAUUGAUGUAUAGUCGUUGUAUUAGUCAUGUUUAAUUAUAAAUAGAAGUAUUGUAACCCUUUCCUUGAAUUAAAUUAUUUUUAUGUUUACAGGGAUCGGAUGAUGCGCUCCCGAGGUGGUAUAUUAUGGAUGAAUUCGGUAGUCGCAUACGCCAUUCGGAUGACCCAAAUUUUCGUGUGGUUCCAUUCUUCUUUUCUGGAACUGGGUUGGCUUACUCCAUUAUGUGGCCUAUCAAAGAUACAGAGACAGGAGGUGAGAUAAGUGUCAAGUUAGUAUAUGGUCACUCCAGCAAAUAUAAAUUUGUUUAGCAAAGGCGAGGGUGGUAAACCCAAAUGGCUUCUAGGGCCAUUUUGUAUUGCUAUUCAGCUCUUCUCAGGCAGCAUGUCAUUACACAUAAUAAAUAAAAAAACACCAAAUAGACAAUGUACAUAAUUAUUUAUUUAGUUAGGAAGGAAAAAUUAAUUCACAUUUUCUGCACAAUUGCACCAUAUGGAACCAACCUCCUACUAGUGAUCCUCAAUUUCCUGUAUUUCUUUUCUUAUUUCUAAUAUUUUACAAAUUUCAAAAAUAUUUUUGCAUGUUAAAAUGUUAUUUUUAACAUUAAUGAAGCAUAAAUUCUUUUACUCCCUGUAAUCUUUUGGUUAUCAGACAUAUUUCUGUCUUGGAAAACCCAUCUUCUGGCAAUUUCAUAGCAUAAAUGGUGAACACUCAAAACUUAAAUUAUUUUAAUCUGUUUUCUAUUUCUUGUUGUUUUUUGUUUUCUCCUGUCUGCUGAAGAAGACUCUUGAAUCGAAACAUUCUCCUUUCUCUGUCCUGUCUUUAUAUUUCAAGCUUUGGUAUACCUUGUUCCAAUAUUUCCUUCACACAGCGUGAACGCAGUCCUUCAUUUAUUAUGUAUUUAUACUUUAUGCACAUAAUUCUCAGAUGAUAAUAGAUCUGCACUUACCACACACGCAUAUGCAACAUGCAUAUGCAACACAUGUGCCACACACACAUGUAAAUAAAUAAAUUGAAAAUGUUUAAUUAAGAUUUAACAGUUUCAAAAAAUAACAUUUUAAUUCAUUUAUUCCAAGUGAACAUUUGUAACAUGAAUGAAACGAAGUGCAAUUUGAAUGAAGAAAGGAUCAAUUACUUUAUUAUACAUCAGCCGGGCUGCAGCCAAGGCAAGGUUUGGAUGAAGAAAGGAUCAAUUACUUUAUUAUAUAUCAGCCGGGCUGCAGCCAAGGCAAGGUUUGGAUCAAGAAAGGAUCAAUUACUUUAUUAUACAUCAGCCGUGCUGCAGCCAAGGCAAGGUUUGGUUCAUGAGAAUUAGUCCUCAGAUAGAUCCAGGGCAAUACAGUUAUAUGAUGGAGAAAAAUGGAGUCAUAGAUUUUCUUUGUAAAGCUUGAACAAAAAAAUUAAAAAGUGAGAGAAACUACAGAACAUCUUUAUGCUACAGCAAAACUAUACAGUGAAGUAAUAUUUAAAACAUUCAACAAUUUUUUCCAACUUUAACAUAAAUUGACUUAUGUAUGUAACAUACCUUCACUAUAACUUUUGAAAAUGUAAUUAAAAUGUGUUAUAAUCAUAUGAAGUAUCUUUAAAGGUGCAGAAGCCGUCUUCUAGAGCAUUGUAACCCAUCCUCUAUGGUAUUGUUGUAAACCAUCCUCUAGGGCGGUGUUCCCCAAACGGUGAUCCGUGGACCGGCACCGGUCCGCAAGCCUUAUGUUACUGGUCCAGAGAGCAUGAAUAUUGAUGUUUAAAUAGAAAGAAAAUGUAAUGAAUAAAUCUGGCACCAGUCGCUGGUGCAGUUUCCAAAAUUGUCCACUGGUCCGUGAAACUUAAAAGUUUGGGAAACGCUGCUCUAGGGCAUUGCAACCCAUCCUCUAGGGCAUUGGUAACCCAUCCUCUAGGGCACUGCAACCCAUCCUCUAGGGCAUUGUAACCUAUCACAGUAUGUACCAGAAAUCUUACAUGUAAGGAAGUUGCCUGACAAAAUGGAAUAGAUUCUAAACCCCAAAAAACAGUAACAUGGCUAAUCUAAUCAAAGACACAUAUAAAAAUAAACUAUUGUAUAGACUUAAUUUUUUUUUAAAUAACAUAAAUUUAUUAUGUUUAGCAUUACACAUUCCUUAAUUAAUGGCUAAAUGUCACAAUUCUAACACAUCCAUAGAGGCCAUACUAAAGGUAAUGGAGUCAUUAUCAUUUACAGUAAGAGUGUAUUUUCCCAAAAGUGUGCCAAUGUAUAAUGUUUUGUUUAAAAAAAUAUUUUUGUUUAAUCAUUUAGAUGAAGCAACAAGAGAUUACCUGGAAGGAGAAAUAAAUCCUGCUGUUAGACAAGCAAAACUGAUUCCCUGGCAGCCAGUAGACUUAAGUGACCUUAGUUAUAGUCAAAAGGAACCAGGUGUUGAGCACUUUGCUGUAAGUCAUAUCCUGGUACACACUUAAAUAUUGAUGUAAAAAUGAGUUAUUUCAAGAUUUUUGUUUUUACAAAUAACUAUUUUUGAAAUUUUCUUUACAUUUGUAUUUAUUUUUAGGCAAAAUUCAUCAUUUAUUUUCAGAGCUACCGACUGAAUGAAACUUUACCAUCUUCAGAUUUUGAGUUUCCUGGUUUACCCAAAGACAGAAAUGUUAAGGUCUUCAUUGAAUACAGGGAAUUUAUUGAACAUUUAACUGACCCCAGGUUUGAAGUUGUGGAAUCCCCAGAUCAAGCUGAUGUACUUUGGUAUUUUCGUCACUUUCAUGAGUUUCUGUGAGUUUAUAAAAAUAAUUGUUACGGUAAUCCCUUACUUAUUUCUUGUUCCAUAUCAAAACUCAAAUAUUCAGAAUAGCUGGUUUUAAAAACAAAAAAAGAAAAAUGAUUGUUUAGUUGUUUAAUUAUUAAACAUAGGCAUGUUAAAUUUUUAAAUUUAUGAAUUGAAAUGAAAAUGUUUAAGAGUUCAAAUACUUAUACAAUUUGAAACGUUCCUUUCUCUGAUGACUAACAAUUUUAUGUGCAAUUUUCUUGUAAUUGCUACUAAAAAGACUCCAUACUACAUUGAUAUAAACUAACUAAUACUACAUCGAUAUAAACUAAUACUACAUUGAUAUAAACUAACUAACUUGAAAUUUUUAAAGCAUAGUUUUUUUUCAAUGUGUUUGUGAAAUUUCCUCUUGAUACAGAGAAUUGAGUCAGACUAAGCCAGGUUGUUUGAUCAAUCAGUUUCCCUGUGAGAAUGUUGUCACUGUCAAAGAUAUGAUGGCGAUUGUUGCACGCAGAGCGGCAACCCCUGACGCAGAUGAUCCCCUGGCAUCCAAUCCAAAAUGGCUACCGGUUACGUACAAUCUGAAAACAGAACUCGCAAAGUUUGUCUCAUUUUACCAGCAUAGAGAAAAAAGGUAAAGGGGAAAAAUCUUUUAAGUGUGCAAUCCUAUCGUCAAGAGAUCUGUUACUUGGCUUUUCAGUACUUUGAAAAAAUGAAUAGACCAGGUCUAUUGAUAAUUAACUACAUGGUCAAAAUGACUGUUUUCAUUCUUAAGUGUUCUUAAUACUUAAUUAGUAGUUAGAUUAAUUAGAUUAAUUAGUAGCAUAAAUUUUACCAUUCUUCACUGAUUGGCAACUUAUGGCUAAAAGAUUUAUCAAAGUCAGAAGAAUAUUGAGACAUAAUUUUAUAUUUGUCUUAAAACUUUUAGAUUAAAAUUCUAACGAUGUUUGCCCAUAUUUUCCAGAGAUCUUGAUAAUCAUUGGAUUUGCAAACCAUGGAACUUGGCCCGAAGUCUUGAUACCUAUGUCACAAAGAAUCUUAAACAGAUUGUCCGCCUGCCAGAUUCGGGACCAAAGGUUGGAUUUUAAUCUUUACAAUUGAAUACUGAUUUCUUACAUAUUUGUUAAUUUAAUUUCAUGUAUUUCUUUUCAUUAAGAUUAAAUCUGGACAAAAAAAUUUAAUUUCAUGUAUUUCUUUUCAUUAAGAUUAAAUCUGGACAAAAAAAUUUAAUUUCAUGUAUUUCUUUUCAUUAAGAUUAAAUCUGGACAAAAAAAUUUAAUUUCAUGUAUUUCUUUUCAUUAAGAUUAAAUCUGGACAAAAAAAUUAAAAGCUUUCGAUUAGAUAAAUUAAUUUAUCUUUUUAUUUUUAAAGAUUCACUGUGAGCACUUCACUUUUUUUGUUUCAAAUACAGUUUUAAAUAAACUAACGUAUUUACUCGUCUAUAAGUCGAGGUCAGUUUUUUCACCAAUUAUUUAAUAAGCUUUGAGUUGUGCACAAGUGGAGGUUUAAAGUUGAGGAGCUAUGAAAUUCUUGGAUUUUUAUAAUUUUGUCAGAUUUUACCUAGCAGAAAUUGCUGCAAUGUAUUCUUAACCAUGGCCGGUGUAUGAUUGACUCAUCCCAGCCAUAGUUUAGUGUACAGUGCAGCGAAAUGUCUGAAAAAUCUACCAGUAAGUAAACUAGCACUACCGGUAGCUCAACAUUGCCUCACAUUCGAAAUUAGCACUGACACAUGGAUAAGUCGACUCACCAUUUUAAAAUAAAGUAUACGACUAAAAUUUCUAGACUUAUACAUUUGCACAUACCGUAGUUCUUAGUAUCUCCUAUUUUAAUUAAUUAGUUAUAAGGGUCUACUAUUUAAUAAUCUAAGUUAAGCUAUUAAUUUUAUCUGAGCCUCCAGCUAUCAUGUAUCAUCCACUGCCAUGUUUCAGGUGGCAUGUAAAUACAUUGAGAAUCCCGUCCUGUUCUAUCGCUCUGAUGUUCAAGCUCAAGUCAAGUUUGACAUUCGCUACAUCGUUCUCUUGACAAGUGUUGAACCUCUACAGAUAUAUGCCUACCAGGUUUUUUGGCUUAGAUUUGCCAAUAUGUAAGUCCUAAAAUAAUUUUAAAAAAUUAUUCUUCAUGUUUUUCUCAUGUUGUUUUACUAUGAUGUAACAUAUUCAGGGGCGUUGGAAGGAAGAGGCAGUCCUCGCCGGGCAGUACAUUUUACUUUAUAUGGGUGGGCGGGAUUAUCUGCCAGUUGCAGAGUUUUUUUUUUGGUGAAAGUGGGGUGGAAAAACUCUUGAUCUGCCCUGGAUGGCACUAACCCUUGCUACUACACUUGACCUGUCCUGGUUUGCACUAACGCUUAAGACUGUCCCAGGUCACUGCAUGACUGUCAUGUAUCAUCAUAUGAAGGUUUUUUGGCUUAGAUUUGCCAAUAAGUAAGUCCUAAAAUAAUUUUUAAAAAUUAUUCUUCAUUUUUUCUCAUGUUGUUUUACUAUGAUGUAACAUAUUCAGGGGCGUUGGAAGGAAGAGGCAGUCCUCGCCGGGCAGUACAUUUUACUUUAUAUGGGUGGGCGGGAUUAUCUGCCAGUUGCAGAGGUUUUUUUUGGUGAAAGUGGGGUGGAAAAACUCUUGAUCUGCCCUGGAUGGCACUAACCCUUGCUACUACACUUGACCUGUCCUGGUUUGCACUAACGCUUAAGACUGUCCCAGGUCACUGCAUGACUGUCAUGUAUCAUCAUAUGAAGGUUUUUUGGCUUAGAUUUGCCAAUAAGUAAGUCCUAAAAUAAUUUUUAAAAAUUAUUCUUCAUUUUUUCUCAUGUUGUUUUACUAUGAUGUAACAUAUUCAGGGGCGUUGGAAGGAAGAGGCAGUCCUCGCCGGGCAGUACAUUUUACUUUAUAUGGGUGGGCGGGAUUAUCUGCCAGUUGCAGAGGUUUUUUUUGGUGAAAGUGGGGUGGAAAAACUCUUGAUCUGCCCUGGAUGGCACUAACCCUUGCUACUACACUUGACCUGUCCUGGUUUGCACUAACGCUUAAGACUGUCCCAGGUCACUGCAUGACUGUCAUGUAUCAUCAUAUGAAUGUACCAUGUCAUCGUAGGACACUCCGAUUUCAUGGUUUCUCUGUCCAUUGUCAUCGUCUGAUCUUAUUUGUCCAUUGGUUGUUAUUUAAACCUGUAAUUUAAGAGAAAUCUUUAGCUGUUGAGUUAGGUUUGUCUCAACCUGUGCCCCCCCAUAGAAAAGAAUUUCUUAAUUUUUUACUUAAAUAUUUCCAGCUUUGGGUUUACUAUUAUUUUAUUUCUAUAUCUCAUUCAGUAUGUUUAAUGGUCCCCUCCUGUACCAGGGUAUCGUAUCCAUAAAGUAACGUCAUCUUCAUGACCGAUUCAUUCAGUUCAUUAUCAACACGUUUGCCUCUUAAAUUAUAAUCAUUGAUACAUUUGGUUUUUAAUGAGUUUCAUCACCAUCUGUAAUCCAGGCCGUACUCCUUGACAUCCCUCUAUGAUUAUGAGAAACAUUUCACUGUGAUGAACUAUGUGGAAGGUGCCGACACCAAACUAAAGCAAGUCCACUACAAUGAGUUCAUCCCGGAGUUUGAACGCCAGUACCCUGAAUUUCAAUGGCAAGAUGUCGAGGUCAGUUUUUUUUUAAAUAUAACCUUUUAAUAUUCAGUAAGCUUUCUUAGUUUUAUUUCUACACUUAAGUUUUCUUGUCAAUAAAUGUCUUACUCUCUAAUUAUUUUAACAAUUUUUUUAUUCAUUUUGUUGAAAUUUGUUAUGAACUUCCUUAAAUAAAUAUUUUAUUUUAAAAACUAGCAGCGAAUAUGUGUUGAUAACUUUGCUUGUUGUAUUACAGAAUGAUAUAUUCAGGAUGUUUAAAGAACUUUUCCAAGCUGCCACUGCCCUCCCAGCCCCCCAAGGUAUCGGGCAAUCACCUCAAUCAAGAGCCAUGUAUGCUGUAGAUCUAAUGUUGGCAUGGGACAAAAAACCUACAGGUAUUUGAUUCACUAAAUUACUCAUGUGUGCAUCAAUAAAGAAAAUACACCUUUUAAAUAUCACCUUUGUAACUGGUAAGACUUUGCAUCAGUGUAACAGAACAGAUUUUGUACCAGAGUAACAGGCCAAAUUUUGUACCAGAGUAACAGGCCAGAUUUUGUACCAGAGUAACAGGCCAGAUUUUGUACCAGAGUAACAGGCCAGAUUUUGUACCAGAGUAACAGACCAGAUUUUGUAAAUAUAAAUGAAAGGACUGCUUUCAAGCUUAGUAAAUGAAUGAAAUAGCAAAACGAGGUAUGUGGAAGCUUGAAAUAAGAUAACAGGACAAAAAACAAGGAUGUUCGGCACAAAGCCUUCCUCAGCCAACAAUAGAAAUGAAAAUAUAACAUACCAUUGAGCAGUGGCCAUAACACUGGGGAAAUUAUUGGCUCAAGCACUGGGGAAAUUAUUUGCCUGAGCACUGGGGAAAUUAAAAAUUCUUUCAUUUGGAUUUCAAAUAAAUAUUAACUAGAUAUUUUCAUUCAGGAUCCAAGUUUUUGAAGUUCUAGGGCAUUUGGACUAUGAGACCCCAACUGUAUUUAAAAUGAUGUAAUUAAUUGUAAACCUGAUAUGGCAAAUUCAUGAACUGACUGGUCUUUUCAUUUAUUUUGUGUCUUGCAGGUGAAAAAGUGAUCCAGCCAAUGAUUUGUGAGGUCAACUUUAGCCCAGACUGUGCAAGAGCUUGUAAAUACCAUCCAUUUUUUGUGAAUGACAUUUUUAGUGUGCUCUUCCUAGAUGACACUGAAGACAAACAUGUGGUUCCACUCUGAUGUCAUUCCCACUUUCUUUUAUCAAUCAUAACAUUGAAGCAAUGACAGUUUUCAAAUAAUGAAUGCAGCGGGUGACAAUUUGGCAUAGAGAUUUUUUUUUUAAACAGAUGGUCAUCCAUGAGAUCUUUUGGCACACUUUGUUUAAAUUUUCCAUCUGGAAAAUAAUGUUUAAUUUGAGAAACGCAGACCCUUUACCCAAGUUAAAUCCCAUUACUCUUUUUUGUAAAAGGAAACCAGAUAAAAAUAUAUGCCUUGCCUGUAACUGCUGGAAGUAAAAUAAAUUUAUUGGUCUACAUGUUUUCAGUGAAAGGAAAUAAUAAGUAGGUUAUAUCUCAUUAGAAAUAUAUUAUGAUAUCUUUUAAUAUUAAAUUCUGAAAUUAUAUAAUUUCAAAUUUAGAUGCAGGUCUCAUUGAGCAGUCAUAGCAUUCAUUUGGUAUGAUAACUAAGACCAUCUAAAACUAAGACCAUCGGUGAACGCUCCUUCUGCUUCCAUGGGCCCACGUUCUGGAACCAGCUCCCCUUCCAUAUACGUCAUAGUGAAACCUCGUCCAUUUUCAAAAAGUCCCUUAAAACUCAUCUGUUUAGGU